CAUUUUUCAGAUUCGGAUAUUUUUUUUUACAUAGACAAUGCCAGAUCAUUUAGGAGCAGACCAGAGAAAAACUAAAGAUGACAAAGAGGACGAAAAGCCCAUACAAGCUUUGGAUGAAGGGGAUAUUGCCUUACUGAAAACAUAUGGAGUAGGGCAGUAUAGUAAAGCCAUAAAAAGUGUGGAGGAAGAUAUUCAAAAUGGGGUCAAAAAGGUCAAUGAAUUAGCAGGAAUCAAGGAGUCAGAUACAGGACUAGCCCCUCCUGCUCUUUGGGAUUUAGCUGCAGACAAACAGACACUUCAAAGUGAACAGCCAUUACAAGUAGCCAGGUGUACAAAAAUCAUAAAUGCAGACUCAGAUGACCCCAAAUAUAUCAUAAAUGUUAAGCAGUUUGCCAAGUUUGUGGUGGAUCUAGGGGACCAGGUGGCACCUACUGACAUAGAGGAAGGAAUGAGGGUGGGAGUGGACAGAAACAAAUAUCAAAUCCACAUUCCUCUACCCCCAAAGAUUGACCCUUCAGUCACAAUGAUGCAAGUGGAGGAGAAGCCAGAUGUGACAUACAGUGAUGUGGGAGGAUGUAAGGAACAGAUUGACAAGCUUAGGGAAGUGGUGGAAACCCCAUUACUACAUCCCGAACGUUUUGUUAACUUGGGCAUUGAGCCCCCAAAGGGUGUAUUGUUAUUUGGACCACCAGGAACAGGCAAAACAUUGUGUGCCCGAGCUGUGGCCAACCGCACAGAUGCCUGCUUUAUCCGAGUCAUCGGUUCAGAACUUGUGCAGAAAUAUGUCGGGGAGGGUGCCAGAAUGGUACGUGAACUGUUUGAAAUGGCCAGAAACAAAAAAGCCUGCAUUAUUUUCUUUGAUGAAAUAGAUGCUGUUGGAGGUGCUCGUUUUGAUGAUGGAGCUGGGGGUGACAAUGAAGUCCAGAGGACAAUGCUAGAGUUAAUCAACCAGCUAGAUGGUUUUGAUCCCCGUGGUAACAUUAAAGUUCUCAUGGCAACUAACAGACCAGACACCCUGGAUCCUGCACUGAUGAGACCCGGGCGUUUGGACAGGAAAAUAGAAUUUGGUCUACCAGAUCUAGAGGGAAGAUCUCACAUAUUUAAGAUCCAUGCCAGAUCUAUGAGUGUAGAAAAAGACAUCAGAUACGAACUACUGGCUAGACUGUGUCCCAACAGCACAGGAGCUGAAAUCCGCAGUGUUUGUACUGAAGCUGGUAUGUUUGCCAUUAGAGCUAGAAGGAAAAUGGCCACCGAAAAAGACUUUUUAGAAGCAGUGAACAAAGUGAUUAAGGCAUACGCUAAGUUUAGUUCCACUCCUAGAUAUAUGACAUACAACUAGACCAUGUAAAAUAAGCAAUUGUUCAUGUGACUUCAUUUAUCAGGAUCUGUUUAUAAACAGAGGGAGUCUUGUUAUGGUAACAUAAUUCUGGAUCAGCAAAUAAAUGUUUUGACAACUGA